GGAUUGGCUCCAUAGGGUUCUUUCAAACGUUCUUGUAAACUUUUAUAUAACGAAUUACCAUCGUGCCGCGACUAUCGACCAAUUGUUUUCACAGAAGAAUGUUGUGUAUCCGCGAAGCGGCGGAGCCGACGCCAAAUUACUAUGUUUUGCAGUAGCAUUUAUGAGAAGAGCAACAGAAAAGAAGAUGGGAAUGAUGUCAAAAAUCUUGGGAAGAAAAAUUGAUGGUGGUAAACAUUGAAAUUGUCGCUAUUCUGGGAAAAGGUGCUGAAUAGGAAGCGACUCUGAACUGAGUUCCCUGAAUCUAAAAGCUUACAUGACGAAUGAGAGCGCCUCCACGAAGCCGGUUGGUUGACGCAGAAAAUACAAGAAUGUCUCUGAAAGCGGAUGAGAUGUGACAAUAGGAAUAAAAUCGUCGCUAGGCAAAUGCUUGAAGGUAAUAAUGGCUCAGCGGGUGCGCCAGAUGGAAAAACGUGGUUCUUUCUUCGAUUCCCGCAUCAACAAAACAAAGUUCAAAGUUCAAGGUGCUCUGGAGAAAAAGAAAUAAACGUCGAGCAAGUCCUUGACGUACUUAAGCUUAUUUGUCUACUGAUUAUUUAUCUGUCCACAAUGACGUCAUUUGUAAACUCGUUACCAUGCCAAAAAAGGACCAACAUACAAGCGCCACGAGUAUUACGUCUUCUUGAGGAAAAAUACAUUUUCGUGAAGAAAAAGACAAGAAGUGAAAUUCCACUUCUUACAACCACUCCAUUUCCACGACGAAGAACUACUCGAGUUGCAGACGCUUCAAACAUACCGGGAACUACUUAUUGUCCGUGGGUCUGGGAACAGGACGAUGAUCCCGAACGUGUCCCGCGGAUAUUAGUAAAAGCUAAGUGUCCUGGAUGUAAACAUUUUUGUAAACCUGUACACUACCACCACACGGUUCUAAUAGCAAAAUGCGACAAAACUACAGGUCACAAAGUAUGGAAGUGGAGGGAGAGAAAACUUGCCGUGGCAUAUGUUUAUGAACCUUACGAUUGACGGGAAUUCCUUGUGGCUGUGUGGAUCGUCCUUCUUCCUAAACUUUUAGAUUGUUGUAAUUUCAUAUGAAAAAUAUAUUUUUAUGGGAUAUUCAUUAUUUAUUUUGAGAAAACCUCGAAAAAGGCUGAAGCUAAACCAAAGUGCAAACUCAUUCCACAAAAACAAAGAAAAAAAUAAUUUGAGAUGUUGUGUCAACAUCUCUCCAGGAGGGACAUGCUGUAUUUUUAACCACUGAGCCUCUUCCGUACCUUCUCUUUCUCAACAAAUGUUUUAAAUACAAUUUUAUUAUUUAUGUUGAACAAUCAAAAUUAACCUGAAUUUAGACAGAGCGGUGUAUUUUCCAGAUACAUUUUAGGUUGUAGCAGAAUACUUAUUCAUUGUAACUCAAACGAAAUUAUUAAGCCUUAGGUCCUUAGGUUUCUGCAUGCAGUAAAUGUCUGAGCUUGUUUUACUUCACUGAGUUUUCGACAAUUUGAUCGUCCGAUUUAGAAAGUGUCCUAUGGAAGCUUAUGUUGCACAUGUAAUUGUGACCUUCGCACUCGCACAGCACGCAUAACUAUGCAAUUAGCAUAAGCACGAGCACCGCGCUUUGUAGAAAUUAUAAUAAUUCCGUAAUGAAUAAAGGUUUUCAGUUUUAACAUGGAA